CUGUCAGGAGGCGAGAACUCGUCCUCUGUAAGGCACCGGUGAACGCAGGCACGGGUUUAGCGCGAGGGGAAAAGACGAGGGAGAAAUAAGCAUCAUGCCGGAGAAAGCGAUUUUGAAUGUCCAUGGGGAUUCUUCUUCCCAAGCAAUCCAUUACCAAAGCCAAGAGUCUUGGAACGGCCAUAUAUUUCAAGUAAGUGUGUGAUAAAUUAAAUGGCUCCCAUAAUGGAGGGCACACACACAGUGCUCUGUCUGCACAAACGAAUUGAGGAGGUUAUUUACAUCAGCCCAUACUUCCCCAAUAGGGGAGUGCGAGGCUUUACACGCAGUGGCCACACCUCUCAUCACUGCCAGUCACUGUUCACCAAUCAGCACGACCAGAAGGCUGAAGAUCAUGCAAUGCAGAAACAAAAGACUCAGUCAAACAAGCCAGCAAAGAAAGUCUUGCAGUCCUGUGAAGCAACACAAUUUUUAGCUGAAAUUCACUGGCUGUCUGAAGAACAUUGGCAGCUGAUUGUGGAUCUCCUGUCUCUAUGUGGUGACUGUGCAUCACGAUUCAGAAUGGGCAACAAGGACGGCAAGCUACAGGCUCAAUUCGAAGGGCAUGAAAUACAUCCUGAUCAAAGUGUUAGCAGCAGCAACCUUCAGCAUACCAUGUCUUUGUCCCCAGAACGUAAAAGACCUGCUUCUGGGGUUAGAAAUAUCAAGAAACUAGGUAGCAAGAAAAUGGACACUGCUGAGGAGUUCUUGCAGACUAAAUUGAAAAAGAAAGUACAGCCAAUCACAGCUUCAGAAAUGUUGAAUAAAUUCCUGGAUGCAGACUUUCUUGAGGCAAAUGAAAACCAAAAGUUGCUUGGAACCCCUGCUUCUGUGCAUGUACCACAUACCACUGGCUCCGACUCCUAUGCCAGUGUCAGCAGUGAGCCACUUCUCACAAUGGAAGAACCCUAUCAGACAUCUCAGGGAGCCUGGGACUUCAUGGAGGACUCACGUCUGUUUGAGCCAGAGAUAGACCUCUGCACUGAAUUCACUGAGUUUGAGGACCAGUUCUGUCUGAGUUAUGGAGCAUUUUCCCGUUGUCUCACAGAAGCGAAACAGUACCAUAACCAUCAGGAGCAAAUGACCAAUGGAAAUAACAUUGCUUUAAGUGGAAAAAUGAGUUCUGCUGGAAAAUACAAUUUGCAGAAUAAUUCUGGAGGUAAGACUGGAGUUAGUCUGUAUGAUAACAUGAACAGGAGAGACAUAGUUGUUGAAGUGGUGGCCAAAAGUAAGGAAUUAUCUAAUUUCAACCAUGGGGGCAAAGAGAAUUCAGCUGACGUCAUUGAAGUAGGGCCUCAUACUGAUAAUGCUAGCUCUGCAGUGGGACAAAAUACUUGCCAAGUUUUGAGACAAGAAAUGCUAAAUGUCCAGAACAAUGUGGAAUUAAAUGUUAGAGACAGACCUUCAGAAGCAAUGACAUUUCCACUCAUCGAUUCUCAAAAUCAAACUUCCAACCUCAGGCCUAGGACCAAAAGCCCUAUAUCUCCUUCCCUUUCUGGGGUUUUUAAUUGUUCCUACCCUCCAUCCAACAGCCUUCAGAGUAUGUCCCCUAUCUUGUCACCACUGUCAUCCAAGCUGUCCAGUCCCCAGCUGAACCACCGCAUUGUAUUGCUGCCUGAGGAGGAUGCGGGUAAGGACACAGAUCAAGACAUGUGGUUCCAUGAAACAGCUGGGUCAUGGUUUAAAGCUGGGGACCAGCCCAAAAACCCAAUGGAGGCCACAGAUAAAAACGGAAACCAAAGACCUAUCACUAGGAUGGACCUAAACCUCAGCAAACAGGGAUCUGGUAACUCUACAUGUAUCAACAAUGGUACAAACGCUUCCAAAAUUACAGAAGAGUGCCUGAGACAAGAGGAAAUGUGGUUGCUGGAUGGUGAAGUGGAUGGCGAUGACUCCAUUUCCCAUAAGCCUCUGUGUCGGGCCACAAGACCUGAUCACCUGGAAUUUUUAAGGAUAACACCGCCAGAUGAUGAUAUCAUUGGAGAAACAGUGUGUUACACAAAUUCAGGGCUGCUUUGA